AUGGGACUUUUAUUCUUUAUGGCAUGCAUAGCUGUUUCUGACACAAGGUGGCUUAAGUGGGCAAAUAAUCCCUCUGACAUGAGAAGCACCUAAUUAAGGAAAAAUAAUAGUUUAAAAUUCUGAGAUUGCAAUUGUGGUUGGAACGAAAACCAGCAUACACAGUGUGCCCCCAGGACCAGGGUUGAAAACCACUGCCCUAUGACUUCAUUAUAGUGGACUUUUUUAAAUACGGAGUAUUACAUAUUUUUGCAUACAGUUUAUUUCUGUAUUGCUGUACAAUCCCAAUAAAUUCCCGGGUAGCCUAUAUUUGAGCCAGUCUAACAGUUUCGCUGGUUUCACAGUUGCUAAAACACAAUUGUUAAAAAAAAAACAAAAACAAAGAAUCAAACAAAUAAUAACCUAAUUCGUUUAAAAAUGAACAAAUUGUGUUUAAUGUUAUGAACGUUUAUGUAGGGUAAAUAUUCGCUUAACAUGCGCAAACCUUUCUCUAAAGUAAUGCACGUAGCAUUGUUCCAGCGACAACAGAGACGUAUUCAGGCGUAGCUACUUUGCGAACGUCUAAAAUGUCGGCUGCAAAGCAGUCCGGCGCCGCGAAGUUGCCCAUCGUGUUUCUGCUGUUCUCGGGGCUGGAUUUUACCCUCGGAGUGGGCGAGAGGGCCUGCCCGUCUCCGUGUACGUGUGUACGGGACCAAGUGGACUGCAGUCGGCUGAAGUUGGGGAAAGUCCCAGAAAAUCUCCCUCCGUGGAUCGUACAGUUGGAUCUGAGCCGCAACCGACUGCAGUCGCUCCGCAGCUCUCUGUUCACCGGACCGUGUGACCUCGGCGAAAUAAAGCUGAGCCACAACGAGCUGGACGCCGUGCCGGACCUGGGGCCUUGCUCUGCAAACGUCACUCUGCUCAGUUUGUGAGUGUGGCCCUUUUCCAGUGCUCUUCCC